AUUUUCUUUGCGCAACAUUUUUGGGCAACAGGCAGUACUUACGGAUAAAACGGGACAUGCUUAUUUUAGCCAUUUGGCGCGAACUCACUUGUAAUGUUCACUGAUUUUGUUGUUCUCAUGGAAAAUGGAAGACGAAUUUGUGUCUUCAAGUCUUUCUACCACUCACUUGCGUGUAAAAACUAAACUGAAACGCGAUCGAUGGGAUGACUACUUGUGUUCAAACUUCAACCGCACCGAAUCAUGGUAUCGAGCAGAAAUUGAUAAAUUACGCUCAGAAAUAUCUGAAUUGGAAGCCGAGCUAAACGAGGACAAGCAGUCGUUUUCAACUGUACAUUUACUCCAGACUCUUGACAAGUUGACUGAAAACUUACCGCAAGACAAAAAGGCUUUGUUAGAUGGAAAAGAUAUUCAUGGCAAACUGCAUGAUGAUGGCCAUAUCGAUAUUGAACGUCUAGAAAGGUUUACAAGCUUAUAUAUUCAUGAUAUAAUAAUCCAAGUUGAGAAAGAUGAUGGGGUUAAAUGUAUUAGAAAACAUCAAAUACAAGGGGCUUGUCGUGGAAUUGAAUUUCAAAUGAAAUUCUCAGUAGAAGAGGUCACUCAGCAAGAUAGUCAAAGUCAGUCAGCAAAAACAGGAGAUGCUUGCAAGGUUAAUUAG